GAAAGCACUAAUAACACGAAUAAACAGCUAUUGAUGCGGAAUCUGACCAGAGGGACCCAUAAUUCAGCUGGCGUGGCACCUAGUAACGUCCCUGAAGAGACGGAUGUUAUUGUCUAACCGAGCUGACAGGUGGGGUCCGUGUGUCAUUGAAACAAAAUGAAUGAAAGAAAAAGGAGAGAAGAACGAAGGAGCGGUUGUGGCAGCGACGGACGGUAGCGAGAAGAGCUUGUACUCCGGCGAGAUCCGUGCUCCGGCAUCCAGGGCACCCCUGCUCCCUUGCCAACGAUCCACGCGUCCCCGACCUCCCCUAGCCCCCGUCGCCACCCUUCUCCUUGCCGCCGGGCACAGGGCCUGCGCCACCGCGACACGGCCACCCACUCUGCUGCGCGGCCCGUGAGAAAACUCUCCCGCCGCCGCAGUCCUGACUCGCAGACGCCGGCAAUCCACCGCCCCCGACCCACGGCUGUCUUGUAGUCAACGUGGGGGUCGCAGGGGAGCUCGAGGACGAUGGCCUUGGGCGCGGCGGCGGCGACUGCCAGAUCAGGGCGACACUGGGAGGUGGCAGGAGGUCGCAGGGCUCGUCGUGAAGAUGCUCUGCGGCACCGACGUGUCGACGCACAUCCGCUGGGGGCGACGACGAGGGCUGGGGCUCGCCGGAAGUCGAGUUCGGGCGGUGGCGAGGUGUGGUCAGGGGUUGAGAUUACGGCCAUGACAAGGCCGAUUCCAGACAGCCUAGUCAAAUUGAUUUUGUGCGAAGAGGGAGGAUACCAUGGCAGGGCUAGCUGACAUGACGGCGUUGUGAGACUCGGCCGUUGGCCACGAGCUCCAUGAGUGGGCGGCGACGGGGCGCGGUGGAGCGCCACUGCAACUUGCGAGAGAGCACAGAGGAGGGACAGAGGGCGUGGCGGCGCACGGAGGAAGAGAAAGGUCGAGCGCGGAGACUAGGCGUUCGGCGGCGACUCCGACGGACGGUGGCGUGCGCUCGACAGCGGUGGGUCAACCAUGUAGUAGAUCUGUAGAUGCAUCGGGCUGCCAAUCUGGUGUGCCUGCUACCUGUUUGGCAGAAUGCCAAGGAGGCAGAGUUCUCGGUUGACCUGUUGUUUAACGUCCGUCUCUGCCGUCCAUUCUGCUGGCCACGUGGCACCUGACAGUGGGACCCAUCCGUCAGAUUUGCAUUAAACGACUCUAAUCAUUCAAUCAGCGUUUUUUGCAAACUGUCAACGCAAUUGUGAUGGGUUUUUGAAAAAAAAACCGAAUAGUGGUGGUUUUUUGAUUUAGGGUCCCUAAUUGUGGUGCUUUUUUGCAAUUUACUCCCUCGCGGCGCACCCGGGGCCUUUCCGCUGCGUCCACCUCAUCUGCAGCGCCAUGGAUAAGCACCGAGGCGAAAUGGCGCGCUGGCUCGACAUCCUCGUCGCCAAGGGGGUCCAAGAACUCGUCUUUGUCAACCGCCCUUGGCCGAUUGACCUGCGCCUCCCCGCCACGAUCUUCAGCUGCGCCUCCCUCACCCGCCUCUACCUCGGCAUCUGGAGGCUCCCGGACACCGCCGCUGUGCCGCGCAGUGUCAGCUUCCCCAACCCCCGGGAGCUCGGCCUCUGCUGGAAUGUCAUGGAGGACCGUGACCUCGCCUUCAUGCUUGAAAGAAGCCCCGUCCUGGAGUUCCUCGGCAUAAUGGGGAGCCAGACCGGAGUGCGCGUCCGCCUCGUCAGCCACAGCCUGCGCUGCGUCCAGCUCGGCUUUUCUUUCAUGGAGGACAUCGACGUGGUGGAUGCCCCUCGCCUGGAGAGGCUCUUCCAAUGGGAAACUGUUUCCGCGGUCAAUAGCCGGGCCAUGGCGAACCGCUCUUUCAGAAUCAAGAUUGGGCAUGCACCUAACCUGCGUGUGCUGGGAUACCUUCAGCCUGGAGAGCAAGAGCUGGUCGUCGUGGCUGGGAGCAAGGAGAGCAUUGUUCCAAGUGCCCAGAUUUUGGCCAUGGAGGUGCAGUUCGGUGUGCGCAAUGCUGUCAAGAAAGUGCCUGGCUUUCUCCGCUGUUUCCCCAACCUGGAGACUCUCCAUGUCCAGUCCACCCGCAUACUUGAGGAGUCCACUGGCAAGGUCAAUCUCAAGUUCUGGCAGGAGGGCGGCCCCAUCGAAUGCAUCCUGCGGAGCAUGAAGAAGUUGUUCUUCUACGAGUUCCGAGGGUCGAGAAGCGAGCUUACUUUCCUCAAGUUUAUCGCGGAGAGAGGUCGGGUGCUGGACCAGAUGGUGGUUGUGGUGGCCAGUGAGUAUUUCUCGUCAGGGGACAAUGUCAAUGCCAAGCUGAAGCCUCUGACCAAUGCGAAAUGGAGCAGCAAAGCUUGCAAAUUAGAGCUCUUCAGAAGCCCAUUCGAGGAGGUGUCAGGUCCUCCUUACUGCCACGAGAUAGCUUCUGAUUUUGGGUUUGCUGACCCUUUUGACCUCCAGUACUACGCCGAAGCAGAAAUGAUCUCUAUAAGUUAAUUAGCACCUCUUGUACAAGACUCUUCUGGUACCUAGCUAGACCUUAUGUUGUCGUUAGACCUGGGGAGACUAUUUGGCAAGCUGUGAAAUGCUUGUUUGUGCCGAGUCAAGUUUUAGGUUGGUCGAUGCUGGACGCAUAACGGAUGGAAUUAGAUAUCUAUCUAGUCAAUUGUAAUGGUCUUUCUGCUUUGUCAAACUGCAAUUUCAGUAUGUCAUGUAGUUUUUGUUGUCAGCAUGAAUUAAUCUGCUAUGCGCUAGGUUGGUUUCAGCUCAGAAGAGUACUAACUGAUUACCACAAUUAUUGUCUUUAGUUCUGAUUUUCACAAACUUCUGCUACAUGUUUCUUAUAUAAAAUGUACUGAUUACUGCCAUAGUGCCAUUGCACAGAGAUGUUGGAAACCUUCACAAACAGGAUCAAUAUCUUCACUGAAGGAGUGGUGCUAGAGAAACCCAGGUGAGCUACUAGCAUGGAACCACCCUGUUGAGUACAGAAAUAGAUGUAUGUGACUCUCAUGUCCUGAGCACACUGUGUGUGAAGUGGACACAUGGAUAAUCAGUUCUGUCCAACUUGCAAUGGGAUUAUCAAAGCCUUGUGCUUACUAUUAUUGCUAUGUAUUCCUUUUGUCCUUGUCGUUUCUCAAGGGAUUUAUUUCACAUACAUCACAU